CGGCAUGAAAGUUGAAACAUGGUUCUGUUAUGAUCGAAAGCAAUAUGCAGGAGAAAUGUGAGCCUGCUUCAGAUGUUCUGGAAUCAGACAGUGGAGUUUACACGCGGUUUAUGAAGAAUCACAAAUGUUAUGAUCUCAUUCCCAUCAGCUCAAAGCUUGUUGUGUUUGAUACAUCCCUGCAGGUGAAGAAAGCAUUCUUUGCUUUAGUCACUAAUGGAGUAAGAGCUGCGCCACUCUGGGAUAGCAAAAAGCAAGGCUUUGUAGGUAUGCUAACCAUAACCGAUUUCAUCAAUAUUCUCCAUCGCUACUACAAGUCACCAAUGGUGCAGAUUUAUGAGCUGGAGGAACACAAAAUUGAGACAUGGAGAGAGCUCUACUUGCAGGAUUCCUUUAAGCCUUUGGUUAGCAUUUCACCCAGUGCCAGUCUGUUUGAUGCUGUCUCAUCACUGAUAAAGAACCGUAUACACCGUCUUCCUGUAAUCUCUCCUGACUCAGGGAAUACUCUGUACAUCCUGACACACAAACGCAUCCUGAAAUUCCUUAAGCUUUUUAUGUCUGAAGUUGAGAAACCUGCUUUUGUGACUAAAUCCCUAAAAGAUCUGCACAUUGGCACUUAUGAAAAUAUUGCCCUUGUUCGCCCGGACACUCCUGUAUAUGUUGCUUUGGGCAUCUUUGUGCAACGGCGGGUGUCUGCUUUACCAGUUGUGGAUGACUCAGGACGAGUUGUUGAUAUAUAUUCCAAGUUUGAUGUCAUUAAUCUGGCGGCUGAGAAGACGUACAAUAAUCUUGACAUCACAGUGACCAAAGCUCUGGGCCAUCGUUCCCAUUACUUUGAAGGUGUGCUGAAAUGUUACCAGCAUGAAACGCUUGAAACUAUCAUCAACCGGCUAGUAGAGGCAGAGGUUCACCGGCUGGUUGUGGUUGAUGAGAAUGAUGUAGCCAAAGGGAUUGUCUCUCUUUCAGACAUAUUGCAGUGUUUGGUUUUGACGGCUGGGGGUGAAAAGAGCUUAAUUUAAAGACUGAAUUAAUCUGUAUGAAGCCCUUCAAAUCGCAGCAUUUACAUGCAAUACUGAAUAAGCUGCAAUAUACCAGCAAGUCCUUAAACGCAUUGCGAGAGUCCUGGCAGUACUAGAGUGUGACAUCUAGCAGGAUAUAUAAAAGCAAUACUGUUUCCAUACAUAUCACCUCUAAGCAAUCCUCAGACUGAACAUUAUUACUGUUUGCAUAGACUCUCUCUAAGAGAUCUACAGCACUAUGAAAUGACAUAGAACACAGGAUAUUUUUGCACACAUUCAGUAUUUUAGGGCUUAAGCCCUCCUAAAUAUGUAUGCACUGCACAAGAACCCCAGCAACACACUAUUCUUCCCCUCUCUGUACAUGUUAACGUGCAAUUUGGAAGAAUUUGUCUUAAAAUGCCCAGUUUAAUGGUCAUGACAGAGAGUAGGAUGCCUGUUUCAUUUUUUUCCAGAAAAGGAAAAUCCUGAGUAACUUUUGUACCACAUUAUCACUUUUUUGUAGAUGGUUGUCUGUUCAAGCUUCAGGCCUAGGGAUGUAAAACAAGCACCACAAUUCCAUUGCUUGAGCAGAAGAUGACUUCUUCUCCCAGAUGGGAUUUAGUUUUUUAAUCAUUGUUAAUGCUGCAUUUGUUAUGGGCAGCUAAUAUUAGAUUCCUCUAAUACCAGGUACCUGUCACAGUACAGGGUAACUGAGACUUCCUAAUUACAUUCCUGUGUCCAUCAGAUUUUCAGAUUUGGGACAAUAAAUGUCCAUGAAUUAUACAGAAUUUGAAUAAAAUUCACGUAAAUUUGUUGGUU